CGCGUCUCUCCCCGCAUCCAGCAUAUAUAAGACGAGCCAUGCCACCGUCGCUCCCCAUCCCCCUUCUUGCCCUCUUCCUGUAAGUGUGUGCGCCCUUCUUGCCCUCUUCCUUUUCAUUUGCAUCCGCGCUAGGCCGCGAGACGACCCUUUCGUUUUCCUCCACGGUUGAGCCGCAUUCGACAGUCUUUCGCACCCUUGUUUGCAGAGCAACUUCCGGUUCGUUCCCCAUCAAAAUGUUCGCAUCCAGCAAGUCCGUUCUUGCUCUCUUGGCUCUCGCGUUCGUCGGACAGGUCUCCGCGGUCCCCAUGCCUCUGCCUCUGCGCUGGUCCUACGUCCUACAUCACAACGCCGCCAACGACGUCCUUGCGAAGCGCGCCAACGACAUCAACACCUUCCCAGAAGCUAGCCCUGCCAUGGCGACUGCAGGCGUAAACGAAGCCUUCCAUAACAAACGCGACCUCGAUAUCAACACUUUCCCAGAGGCAAGUCCUGCCAUGGCGACUGCGGGCGUCAUUGAGGCAUUCCACAACAGACGUAGGAGACGCUCCAAUGCAAACUCGUUCCCCGUCGCCACUGCCGGGUUGCUUGAGACAUACCAGAGGAGACAGGCAAACGAUGUAAACACGUUCCCCGAGGCCAGCCCGGCAAUGGCAACCGCGGGCGUCAUUGAGGCCUUCCACAACAAGCGUGCUGAUGCAGAUAUCAACACAUUCCCCGAGGCCAGCCCCGCCAUGGCGACUGUUGGUGUCAUCGAGGCCUUCCACAACAAGCGCGACCUCGACAUUAACACCUUCCCCGAAGCCAGCCCGGCGAUGGCGACCGCAGGCGUCAUCGAGGCUUUCCAUAACUAA